UAGAGCACGUCCUUUCGGCCGGGGCUCGGGGAGCGCUCAAGUGGGAAAAUGGCGGUGGUGAGCCAGAAGAAGCGGAAGAUAAGGCUCGGCAACGCUGAGGCGCGCCCCCACUUUGUCGAGGGCUCCAUCGUCAGGAUCUUCAUCGAGAACUUUCUAACAUAUGAUUCCUGUGAAGUAUAUCCAGGACCCAAUCUGAACAUGAUCAUAGGUGCUAAUGGAACAGGGAAGUCAAGCAUUGUUUGUGCCAUCUGCUUGGGACUGGGUGGAAAACCUUCUUUCAUAGGGAGAGCUGAUAAGGUUGGUCUCUUUGUAAAGCAGGGGUGCUUGAAAGGUCUAGUAGAAAUUGAACUGUGUAAGACGCCUGACAAUAUCAUUAUCACACGUGAGAUUCAAGUGGUGAACAACACAUCAGCAUGGUUUAUCAACAAAAAGCCAACAACCCUGAAGACAGUAGAAGAACAGGUUGCAGCCUUAAAUAUCCAGAUGGACAAUUUGUGCCAGUUUCUUCCUCAGGACAGAGUUGGAGAAUUUGCAAAACUGAGUAAGGUUGAGUUGCUUGAAGCCACUGAAAAGUCCAUCGGUCCUCCAGAAAUGUACCGGUUUCACUGUGAACUGAAAAACUUCAGAGAAAAGGAAAGAGAACUGGAGAACUUGUGCAGAGACAAAACUAACUCUUUGGAGAAAAUGAGACAGAGAAUUGAACGAUACAAACAAGAUGUUGAGAGAUACCAUGAGCGCAAACACCAUCUAGACUUAAUUGAGAUGCUUGAGAGGAAAAGACCUUGGGUGGAAUAUGAAAAUGUUCGUCAGCAGCAUGAGAAAGUGAAACAAAGCAGAGACCAAGCCAAGGAAGAAGUGCAGAAUCUGAAAGAAAUGCGGUCCCCACUGUCAAAAAAAAUCCAAGAAACUGAAGAGAAUUUGAAGAGUCUGGAUAUAAAAAUCAGAGAUAAGGCUGGUGAAAUCAAAGACAUUUCUCAAAAAUGUAAACAGAAGCAAGAUGCAUUGGAGAUAAAAGAUAAGCAAAUUGAAGAAAUUAAUCAAGCAUUGAGAAUGAAAAAAGAUGAGGAAAUGGACAGACAAAGGAAAAUACACAACACUCGCAAAAUGAUAGAGGACUGGAAGAAUGAGCUCAAUGCAAUGGCAGUCUGUGAGAAUCUUCAGCCACAAAUUGAUGCUGUUAAUAAUAAGUUGAAGGAAUUGCAAGAAGAAAAGGCAAAUAUUGAUAGUGAUAUCAGUGAUCUAACAGCAGAGAAAAUGAACCAAGAAAAAGAAAAGAAAAGAAUAAACGAUAACCUGGAACAACUCAAUAAUGUAAUGAACAUGAAGGAAGAGCAUCUGAAAGGGAGAUUCAAAGACACACACACUGCUCUUGUAUGGCUAAGAAAGAACAAAGACAAGUUUAAAAAAAAAGUUUGUGAACCCAUGAUGCUUGAAGUAAGAAGACUGACUUGCAUAUCACUCCAACCAAUCAGUAUGAAAGACAACAGACAUGCUAAAUAUGUUGAAAAUCACAUUUCGUCCAGUGACAUGAGUGCUUUUGUUUUUGAGAGUCAAGAAGAUAUGGAAGCGUUUCUUGUGGAGAUGCGUGAUCAUCGGAAACUAAGAGUGAAUGCUGUAUGCGCGCCUCAUGAAUCAUGUGCUGAAAGCUUACCUUCAAGACCUAUUGAAGAAUUGCACAAAUACGGAUUUUUCUCAUAUUUACGAGAGUUAUUUGAUGCUCCUCGUCCUGUAAUGAGUUACCUUUGCUCCCAGUACCAUGUUCAUGAUGUCCCUGUGGGAACAGAGAAGACCAGAAGGCUAACUGAAAGGAUCAUACAAGAAACCAAACUUCGGCAAAUGUACACAGCAGAAGAAAAAUACGUGGUUAAAGUAUCUGCUUAUACAAACCUAACCCUCUCUACUAACACAUCUCUGAAGGUGGCACAGUUUCUCAAUAGCUCAGUGGAUACAGAAGAAAGAAGGCAGCUGGAAAAGCAGCAACAGGAUAUCAUUAACGCAUCACAGGCACUGGAUGUGCGUUUGACUGCAUUGUCUGAGAGAAAAAAACAUCUGGAAUGCAGAGAUAAUCAGCUCAGACAACAGAAGAAAGAGCUUUUAGAGAGAGGAAGCAGGAGGAGACAGUUGGAAUCAAAAAUUGCUGUGAAGUAUGAUAGUUUAAGACAGCUGGAACAAGACGCUAUCAACCUAGAGAAGGAAUUUCAACAAGCAAAUGUAAAGAUCAAAGAAAUAAAUAUCCAAAAAGUAAGACUUGUUACUGAAUUAAUGCAUCUCAUAAAGAAUUGCAUAUCACUGAACAUCCUCAAAGUAGAUUUGGCUCUUCAGAGCGCUACAGUGGCUGCUGAGAAGAACAGACUGGAAUUGGAGUAUAAAGCAGCAAGUGUACAGCUAAAAGCUGCAGAGCAACGGUUUAAUGAACUGGAUGAUAGGAAGCGAAUUCUUACAAAGAACUGCAAGGAGUUGCUGAAAAAAGCUGAGUACAUCUGCAAACUGACUCCAGAUCAACAUCUUCCAAAGGAAUUUCAAACUGCUUUUCAGGCUCUUCCCAGCACAUUGGAGGAAAUUGAUGCUUUUCUGAAUGAAGAGAAAACCAGAGCCUCCUGUUUCACAGGCCUGAACGCUUCAGUUGUUGAAGAAUACAAUAGAGAGACACAAGAAGCACAGCAGUUGACGGAAUAUCUAGAGGAAAAGAAAAAUGAAUUGGAUAACUAUAAGCGAAACAUUUCACAGGUCAAAGAAAAGUGGCUAAACCCCUUGAAAAAGCUGAUUGAGCAAAUUAAUGUGAAGUUCAGUAGCUUCUUUAGUUCUAUGCAGUGUGUUGGUGAAGUUGAUCUUCAUGUGGAAAACGAGGAGGAGUACGACAAGUAUGGGAUUCGCAUUAGAGUAAAAUUCCACAGGAGCACUGAGCUUCAUGAACUGACUGCAUAUCAUCAGAGUGGAGGUGAGAGAAGUGUUUCCACUAUGUUGUACCUGAUGGCUCUGCAGGAAUUCAACAAAUGUCCUUUCAGGGUUGUAGAUGAAAUCAAUCAGGGAAUGGAUCCAAUGAACGAGAGAAGAGUUUUUGAAAUGGUUGUGAAAACUGCUUGUAAAGAAAGCACGUCUCAGUACUUCUUUAUUACACCAAAGCUCCUGCAGAAUCUCACCUACAAUGACAAGAUGACGGUGUUGUUUGUUUACAAUGGACCUUUUAUGUUGGAGGCAAGCCAAUGGGAUUUAAAGGCUUUCUGUAGGCGGCGACGGCGACUUGGAAGGAUGGAUGAACAAUGAUAUAUACAUGUGUAUAUAUAAUGUGUUCUUGGAACUUGUUGAAACAUCUGGCCUUCAACACUUCAGAAACUGUGAAAGAUGAGAUCCUGUAAAGAAUUGAUGAUUAAGAGUUUUAAUUCUUAAAACUUGUGUAAAAGUCUAACACUUUUAAAAAUGCGUGUUUUAUUUCAAAUAUUUCAUAGUGACCUCUUUCUCCAAAUAACCUACUUUUUCUCAACAGUGUUUUAAAUAAAAAGGAAGUUUCUGGUAUUUUGCUAUGUUAUUAGUAAUGCAACAUCAGAAGUACAGUUAGUUUUUCUAGGUUAUACUGGACUAAUUCUUCUGGGUUUUUUGUUGGUGUUUUUUUUUGUCCAAAACCAGGCAUUUGCUUUUGGUAAACAGUGUUCAUGUCUUGGGGAUAAGUUGUCCCCAAGUCUUGGGGAUAAGGCUUCUAACACAAUUAAGCAUGUUCUCCAAACUUUUCCUGUUGAAACAGAAACUUUUUGAAUGAAUGAAGGUGAUGUAUAGGAAGAGAAUGGUUUGUAAGUAGCUAUGCAUUGGAUUUUACUUUGUGAAAAUAAUACAUGAAGUUAAUACAAAGAAUAUACUGUUCUUAAAAUAAUAUACUUUAGCUCAAAAAUAGUAAAUAAAAAUAAUGUUCCAUUUUAUAUUCCUGGAGGGAGAAGAUCUGUAUUUUUCUAGCAAGUCUUUCUCAGCAAGGAGACUUAGAGCCAGUUUUUUUGAAACAACAAGCUAGUUAGCUUGCAGAAGUAAAAUGAAGCAAUAUAUAACUUUAUUAUUUUUAAAGUAAAACUUGGUAUGUUUUUGGUGAUAGAUGGAGAACCUGCUGAUUUCAUGUGUCUGUUAAAACCAGGAGGCUUUUUACAAGGGUUCAGCUGCAUUAUAUUCAACAGAUAGCCAUAAAAUUCAUUACUGGUGUUUUGGCCAUAGCUGUUAAGCUCUUGAAAGUACAUGUCAUCAACAGAAUGCUAAAUACCUAAAACAAGGUACAGGUUAUUUAGUUAACUAUUGAAAAAAAAGAAAAACUUAAUACUGAACUGUGAAGAAUAUGAUUUGUAAAGAAAUUGAAACUACAAUUGGUAUGUGAAAGGUAUGUAAAAAUUAUUUAUGUCCCAGAACAGUCUGAAAAUAUGCAGUAUCCUUGUUUUCAUGGGGGAAGUAGCCUUCAGUAGAAUUCUAUACAAAAUUUGGUCUUCAGUUGAUUUUUGAGUGGAAUUCUUUUUUUUAACAGCAUCCUGUCAAUGAACUUUGAUGGAAUUGCUAUGUUUGGAUUUUUACAUUAGAAUUUUACAAAUAAAAUAACCCACUGCAAAAUACAAGCUAGGAUCUGGAAGGUUUCAGAUACUAGAAGUUAAGUACUGUAGUUCUUGUUUUGAACAGCCUUUAAGGGAAUAGAGAACUACACAUUCUUAUAUCACAGGCUACUGUUGAUCAAUGGAGCUCUUGUCUGACUGUGAAAUGAGUUCCGGGAAUAAGUUCCAUGAGGAUUAGUGUCCAGACACAAAUAUUUGACAGAAGAACGAAGAGUGUGGAAACUUGGGCUGUAUUCCAGGGAUUGAGUGUGCCAGCAGAGUGUCCUCCACUUAAUUGAGGCUACAGGCCUAUAUCUGUCCACUGUAUUGCAAGAUCUGGGUUUUAAAUGUGUUCUUUAAUGUUUAAAAUACUUAGCUUCUCAUAACCCUGAAUUUUUAAGGCUUUUUCCAUUCAAUUUUUUUUAAAGAAAUAACAGACAUUCUGUUUGGUCUCUGAGGAUCACUGUAUGAAUAAAGUACUAUUUGUUUUCACUGUCUAAAUAAGUGAAACUACUUAAA